AUGUCUUCGGCCACCCAAGACCCACAACCCACCACCGCUCCCUCAGACCGCCUGGCUGAAAUGCUAGAUUCGUCCGCACGAAUCGAAGAACUAUCCUCAGCUCAAGAAGACGAAAUCAAAGAAGCAGACGACGACGAUGAGUACGAGACGUCUUCUGACAGCGACGACGGUCAAAAUGUCCACCGCUGGCUCGGUUCAAAGGCCAAGCCCAACCUUCCCUUCUACUUUGCAGCUCCUGGCCCACUACGAGACACUCUCGCCACGUCAACUUCGGUCGCCCAAGAAAAGACAAUGAGGGAGGUCUUGGAUCUGAUGACUGGGAAUGCUCAGAUUAUGACUGAUGUCAAUGCAUAUGGUCUGCCACACCUCUUGAAGAACAAGCAUGCUGCUUUCUUGCGCACGAUACUGGGAAAAUACCCUCCACCUUUCCAAGUCAUGGAUGCGAGUCGGCCUUGGUUGUUGUACUGGGCUCUCAAUGGCUUGAGAACGCUGGGUGUCGACGUUAGUGAAUACAAGCAAAGGUGUAUUGACACUUUUACACCGCUCCAGAAUCCAGAAGGUGGUUUUGGUGGUGGUCAUGGUCAUCUUUCUCAUGCUGCCGCGAGCUAUGCUGCCACCUUGAGUUUAGCUUUGGUUGGCGGUCUGGACAUGAUUGAUCGGAGAGCCAUGUGGCACUGGCUCGGCCAAGUCAAAAACCCCUCAGGCGGCUUCAAUAUGGCCGUCAACGGCGAACAAGACGUCCGCGGUGCCUACUGCUGCAUGACCAUCCACACCCUCCUUCGCCUACCUUUAACCCUUCCACCAUCCUCUCCCGCCCGUGCAGCUGGUCUCGACUCAUUCACCUCUAACCUCGGCUCCUGGAUCAGCUCUUGCCAAACCUUCGAAGGCGGCCUCGGCGGCGCACCAGACAAUGAAGCCCACGGCGCCUAUGCCUUCUGCGUCCUCGCCUGUCUCUGCCUCCUCGAUUCCCCCACUAAAGCCAUCCCUACCUACCUCAACACCAAAUCCUUAACCCACUGGUUGGUCUUCCGUCAAGCCUCCCCUGAAGGUGGUUUCAGCGGCCGCACAAACAAGUUAGUAGAUGCAUGUUACAGCCACUGGGUAGGCGGCUGUUGGUCUCUCCUCGAAUCCGCUCUUUCCAUCCCAGCCGGCAAAUCCCUCUGGCACAGAGAAGGAUUAGUACGCUAUACAUUGACAUGUUCUCAAGCGAAAAAGGGUGGGUUGAGAGAUAAACCGUCUACACGACCUGAUGGCUAUCAUACCAAUUAUUCGUUAGCGGGAUUGAGUGCCGCACAAUACGUUUACACGUACAAAGACGAUGUAGAGACCACACAAGAUACAGAGGUGGAAGCAUUGACCGCAGCAUUCAACUGGUCUUUUGAGCGUCCUACACAGCAACAGAUGAAAGAAUGGUGUUUUGACGAGAAGGACUUGGUCGAACCCGUCCAUCCUGUUUUCGUUUUGCCGUUUGAUGUCGUGGAAGACGCGAGGGCCAAGUUUGCUGGGAAAGUUGGUUUCUAG